AUGAAUGAAAUUUCCGUAGAAAUCGAUAAAACCAUUAAAAACGAUAAAAUCGAUGUCGAUAUCGAUAAGCCACAUAAUGGUAAACAAAUUAAUAUGAUAGAAGUAUCACCAAAUGGAAGUUACCUUGUUACUUAUAGUCCUGAAGAUGACUCAAUUAUCGGUUGGAAUGUUAAAGAUAUAGAUGAUAUGGAUGAUAUGGAUGGGGGACAACUUAAACCAGAACCAAACCACCAUCAUAUUGAUAAUAACGUCAAAUUAACACAAUUAAGUGUUUCCGAUGAUAAGGAAAUCGCGUACAUUUGUGAUAAUAAAUUAAAAAUGAUAAAUAUGAACAACAAUCAAGAAAUUGAAUUACCAUACGAAAAAUUAUGUAUAAAUUAUCAUUAUUGCACCUUUUUCCGAACUCCUUUUGGAUUCAUUCAAUUCAUCCAUUGUAGUGAUGUUAAGGAUAGACAUGGUACAGAUCAAAAAAUUAUCUUUAUUUAUCCCACACGAAUUAAAAAUAAAAAAUUGACGUGUAAAGGAAUAUAUAAGAUACCUGAAAAUUUUGAACUGAUUAGCUUAUCAAAAUAUGGAAAAGUAUAUUUACUUUCAAAUAAUUACGUUUAUGCAUGGGAUAUUUCUACUAAAACAAGUAUAAGAAUAUUUGUUAAUGAAAAGGAUGAGGAGUGUAAGCGGGACAGCAUAGAAAUUUCCAGCGAUAUAAAAUUUGUUUGUCUAAGAAUCAAGAAUAAAAUUAUCGUUUAUUCAUUUGAAUUAGAAAUUCCUAUUGCUUCUUUGAAUAACGAUAUUCAGUUAUACAAUUUUAUAAAACAUACAUUUCAUAUUGGUUUAUUUCCCUUAUUAUUUCCUUUAUUAAACAGUGGAUUUCGGAAUUCCGUCAUGGAAUAUUAUUGGAAAAAAUGUUUAAACCGAUAUCAAAACGACAUUUUACCGGAUAUCAUUCAAAUUACAACAACCGGAUACGCAUUUGGAAUUUUAGAUGGAGAUGUUUGGAAGAUUAAAAUGUCUGAUGAAUUAGAUAAUGAAAUUUAUGACAAAAUUAAAACUAAAGUCUUGGAUUUUAAUGCUGAGGAAACAUUUGAAAACUUAAAUAUUUAUUUAUUUAACCCAUUUUUGAAAAAUAGUUUAUUUCGUGAGAUUAUAUCAGAUUCAAACCGUAAAGAAGCGAUAGAAUUAAAUACAAAUUCAACUAAAUGGGAAAUAAAAAUUACUGAUGGAAAAUUGGAAUUUCAAAUUUCUAAUAACGUAUGGAAUUUAAUUUACACAAAUACUGAUUUUUCUUUUGAAAAACGUACAAAUAAUAAUGAUCCCAACAAUCCGUGGAAUUUAGCAUCAACUUAUAGUAAAGUACUUGAUGAUGGUACAAUUGAUUCUAAUCCAUAUAUUAUUCAACCGCCUAAUGAAAAUACAAACAUGUUUAUAGAUUACAGAACUGCAAUUUUUGCAGUAUAUUUAUUUUUGACAGGCGAUUCAAGCUCAUUGACCAAUUGGACAUAUAUGAAUAACCCAUCACUCGUAAUAUUAAUUGUCCUAUUCUCAUUCUUGAUUGUUGUAUAUCUUAUGAACUUGUUUAUUGGAUUACUCAAUUUGGAAAUUGAUAAAAGUAAUGAUAGGGUUUUUUUAUUAAUUCAGAAGGCAAAGAUUUUGGCCGAAAUUGAGUUAUUUUACUUAUUACCAAAUCAGAGACGUUUGGAAAAGUGGUUUCCCGAAGUAAUAUAUUAUUGUGCGGAUGUUGAUAUAACUCGUGCAGAAGUCAAAAAAUUGAUCACAGAUGGUCGAUGGAGUAAUGAAUUUCCGGAUAUGAAGAAAGAUUUAUUUAAAAAGAUUAAUAUUCAACGUAAUCCUGCUGAAGUUGACUUGAGGAAAUUAUUAGAAGAAGUACAGUCGAAAUUGAAAAAUAUUACAUAUUUGUGA